AUGUCUUCAAUAAUUAGUGCUUCUGUUGAAUCAUAUGAACAGAGAGGUAAAGAAACCUGGUACGCUAUUCAGAUUCAACCUGACCAAGGCCCUACCUACACUGUCCACAGACGAUUUAAGGACUUUUUACGACUAUCUGACGAAUUGUGCGUACUGUACACUCCACAUGAACCCAUAACAACAACAACAACCACAACCACAACAGCCGCAAGCACAACCGCAAGCACGACUACAGCUGGUUGGAGAAGAAAAUACCAGAAUGUAAUAAACUCGGCUUUAAAGACUCGAUCAGUUGUUCCAGUUCUGUCACCUUUACCUCGUCACCAGUCCUGGUGCACCAAAAAAUCUCGGCAGCGAAAGAAGCAGCAUCGAUUGGACCGAUACCUGUUCCAGUUGUCUGUCAUGUCUCCUUCUGUGUGGCAAUCCCAGAUUGUACAUCGUUUUUUUGAUCAUCAUCCAGCAGUAUGCGGACCAUCGCUACCACUAUCGCCAUUACUAUCGCCAUCAGUAUCACUAUCAUUACCUUCUUCGUCAUCACUGUUACUACCAUCUUCAUCUUCAUCUUCACCUUCGCCUCCGUCUCGAGAUAAAGCUUCGGAUCCACCAGCAAUCAUUCUCGAUACUUCACAUCCAAUUCCCUCGACUCGGUCACUUCAGGCUCCAUCGAAACCUCUUAUUUCAUCUUCAUUGGCAUUAUCAUCGUCGACUGGUGGGUAUUCUAUUCAAGUAUGCUUGUUUCUCGGCCAUACUUCAGUGACAGUUCAUAUGCAGCGAAACUGGAAACUCUCCGAGCUCCGUUCAGCGCUUGACCAUGAGCUUGCCCUGGCCAAUCUAAGUCUCCUACCUCCGUCCUCCAGUCUGGCGUAUUACCAUCUGGAUCAGUCUGAUCGACAAGGGGCACUCUACACGCUCACCUUGAACCAAAAGAAACCCAGUGUGUCAAUGAGAUCCUUGGCUAAUAUGGUCACCUCCCGUUCAUUCGGAUACUUUUCUAGUCCUCAAUUACAGCCACAAAUACCAAUACCAAUACCAGCACCACCGCAAACAUUAUCAUCAUCAUCAGAUUCAGAAAAUUCACCGACGUGUGCUGAUACUUGCUCCUCUUCAGGAAUUGUUCUCUUGCUAGCAUCAGAUAAGGAUCUCAAGACGGCUAUGGAAGGAAUCUGGCAUCGAUUAGAUUAUGUUACACUCACUUGUUUGACAUGGUAA